AUGCGCCAGCCCCAAUUCCGCUUCCUCUAUCGCAUGCAAUGUCAAGUCGCAAAAGAAGAAUUCGACGUCGGCGCUCCACACAAAACAGGCUGGAUCCGCAGCAUUGUUAACAUCCUGUCAGGCCAAAUCCGCGGGCCAAAUAUCGAGGCUGAAAUCCUACCGGGCGGCGCUGAUUGGGCCCAGGUGGUCGAGGGUACACAUUCCAUGAAACUUGAUGCCCGCUACGUUGCCAAGACUAAUGACGGCCACUAUCUUUACAUCGAAAGUGCGGGAUUGUACCGCCCCGGCCCCGGCACGGCGUACGCUCAGUCGGAUCAGACUCAAGCUCCGCCACGUACAGUGACACAGGACGAUGUAGAGUUUUUCACACGUGUGCGCAUUGAGGCUGGUCAAGGCCCUUACAAUUGGCUCAAUGGGCUUGUCUCCUUUGGGGUGUUGGUCUGCGAGGGCGAGACGAUCGUGCUGGAUGCGUAUCACUUGACGAAUUUUGCUGAUAAGAGCCCGGAGGAUGUUGUGGCAAAAGCCUCUCGAUAA